AAAAUAAAUAAAAAUUUACAAAAAAUAAAAAUUUAUUCCUACGAAUGAGUAUAAAAUUAGACACGGUUUCGAUAUCUACGAAUGAUCUUCCGACCGAGUUCGUGUAUCUAUUAGUUUUGUUUCUGUAAGGAUUUGAAAUCUGUAGAUACGUUUGGUUUGUCUUUGGUCGAAGGUUCUCUGAUGGUGAAAUCUCUGGAAAGCGGUUUCUUAUUCUGCAACUUGUGCGGGACGAUGCUGAUUUUGAAAUCGCCCAAAUACGCGGAAUGUCCUCUUUGCUUGUCCAAGCGAGACGCAAGAGAGAUCAUCGGCAAAGAAAUAUCUUACACAGUUAGUGCUGAGGUAACUUUUCUUUGA